GGAAAGCACAUGCACAGAGCUCAGCACCAAAACACCCACAGAGACAAACUGUGCCUGAGAAAAACGAGAUUUAAACUUCUUGUGAACUCCUUUAAAAGCAGACUUCAUGUCUUCCUGAGGCUUUUCAUCUGAGAGCUGCCAAGAUCGUGGUGCAAGUUAAGCCAGGAAAAAAUCCUCAAAAUCAUGAACAUGGUGAAAAAUAAAGAAGUGAGCAUUGAGGGAGCUCUGCAUUUGGCACAGAAGGAGGUGUGUGCUGAAAAGGAUCCCCAGGAUUUGUUAACUGGCUCCCAAUUUAACUUCAUUAUCUACAAAUACAAACACUACCGGUGGCAGAAACGGAUUCUGCAGCUGGAUUUCAGCAGCAGGACCGUUUUUAACAUCGAGAAGGGCACUAUCAAGAAGCAGUUCCCUUUCUCCCAAGUCAGAGGCUGCGAGGACGCCGAGAGGAGGCGAUUCAGCAUCCUGUUCCACGGCAGGCAGCACUACGAGCUGGAGGCCGUGUCCCUGCAGGACAAGAGGAAGAUAAUCUACCUGCUGAGCAGAGUCAUUCAGAGCAAUUCCUACAAGAGAGCAGGGGAGUCCUGGCCUGGGAGAGCUGCAGAGUGUGAUGUGAUCCACGAAGGGCUGCUGGACUUGCAGGAGAACGCCUUAACCUCCACUGAAUGGGUGAAGUGCCUGGCAGAGCUGAGGGAAGGAGAGCUGGCCUUGUACUGCCUGGGGCUGGGGGGCAGGAGCCCUGCAGCCACAAUUCCCCUGGCAGCUGGGAGCCUGGGGGUCGGCAGGGACAGUGCCUGCAGCCCCUUCUCCCUGCACACCAGAGACCACCACUACCUGCUGCGGAUCCCCCUCAGCGUGCAGAGCAGCAGGCCAGAGGAGGCUGGCAGGCUGCAGAGGGACUGGCUGUCCCUGCUGGAAAGGCACUGCCAGCCCGGCAGCGCUGCCACCCUGCCCCCGGAGGGCUCUCCAGGAUGCAGCUCCCCCGAAGCUGAUUAUGAGGAAUUUGUGGUGCCUCUGAGUGAGCAGAGAGAGGAGACUCCCCCCUUUGGUGGGAGCUCUGCAAGGAGCAGCCUGAGCAAGCCUGAAGAGGGGCAGGCAGCCCCAGCAGCAGCUCUGCCACCUGCCAGGGGCAGGGCUGAGGUGCCACCAGCCCCACCUGCCCUCCCACAGCCCUGCAGUGUCCCUCCAGCAGCCAAGAGAACCAAAGCCUUUCACUGGGAUCUCGUUCCUUGUGACAAGAUUCAAAAAUCAGUCUGGGGAUCGUGUGACCCGUGCAAGAGGAAAAUAGAUGUGUGCAGGCUGUGUGAGCAGUUCCAGAUCCAGGACACAGCAGUGCUGUUGGGCCCUGAGGCUCCGGUGAAUCAGCACAUCCUGCUGGACAGAAAGGUGGCACACAACUUCAACAUUUUUCUCAAAAGUUUCCGUGUAAAACCAAGCGAGCUGAAGGACAAACUCUUCAUCAUCCACGAGGAGAGUGGGGGGCUCACAGAUGAGCAGAUUUCAGCUCUGAGAAGAUAUUUGCCCACAGCCAAAGAUGCAGAAAGGUACCUGUCCUUCAAGGGGCCUUGCUCAGAGCUGCACGUGGUUGACCAGUUCAUGCUGGAGAUGUGUAAAAUCCCCCAGCUGGGCCAGAGGCUGGAUCUGCUGCUGAGCGUCCGUGAGCUCCCUGAGAGCAUCAGAGACCUGGAGCCUCUGAUCACCCAGAACAUCCAGGCAAGCAAGCAGCUGCAGGCCAGCCCAAAGUUUGUUGCUGUCUUGGAGUACAUUUUAGCCAUGGGGAACCACCUGAAUGAACAAGCUGGGAAAGAGGUGGCCAAAGGAUUCCGACUGUCAUCCCUGGCCAAACUCUCCCUGCUGAGGGGCAGGGACAGGACCUUCACCCUCCUCCACGCCCUGGUGGAGCAGAUCCUCUCCCACCAGCCCGAGCUGGCCACCUUCCCCCAGGAGCUGACAGAGUUUGAAGCUGUUCCUGAUGCGUCCAUGAAGGGCCUCAGUGCUGAAGUUGAUGUUUUAAAAAAAGAACUGGAGAACCUUGCCCAGUGCAGGAGGCUCCUCAAGCCCAAAGCGAGCAAGGCAACGCCCCAGGAGUCCCAGUUCUGCAAGGAGCUGAAGGAUUUGAUUCAGAAAUAUGAAGGGGAUCUCUCCCAGCUGUCAAAAAGAUGUGAGGAAAUGAAGAAGCUUUACAGCAACGUGCUGGUGAGGUUUGGGGAGCCGGCAGACCUGGACUCCCAGGAGCUCUUUGGGUGGAUCUCCUCCUUCAUCUGCCACUUCAGGAAGGCUUGUGCUGAGCUCACACCCUGAGAACACACAUUUUUGGGGAGGGGAGGGAAGGAGGAGCCCAGGAAACUAUUUUUAAUUGUUUUUUUCUUUACUGACAAGCAGCACCUUGCCAAUCCCACCUGUGCUGCAGAGCACCUUGGUUUUGAGAGACAUUCCACUUCAAACCUGUAAUUUCAUGUGGUAUUUCACCUGGAAUGUCCCAGAUCACUGAUGAGCCUCUCAGUUUUGUGCUUUUGUACCUCGAGAUUCCCACAGAUUGAAAAAAAACCACUUUGGACCUUUUAUAAUUUCUCUUUUCAGUCUUUUCCUUUCCACACCCCGACUUCUGACCCAGUUUUCAUUAUUAAUUUCAUGAUUAACUUUCUGUAUGGUGAUCUAAUUUCUAAAGAAUACUUCAGACAUUUUAUAAUGAAAUGGGGAGCUGUUACCCCAGAGGAGAAUAUUUAAACAAAGUCUUGUUUAUUUUGCUAUUAAAACAUUGCAAACUUGCUCUGUAAUGAAGAAA